UUCUCCGAAAGCUUCGUCACGUAGACUCACACAGGAUGAAGUCUUUGUACUGAAGCUGUGGCACCAAGCAAACUCUGUCCUGACGUGUGACAGCCUCUGUGUCUGUCCACUUUACAAAGGGAAUAGAGAAGUCUGUGUCUUCACUGUCCUCUGUGUCCCUCUGUCCCUCUGUCCUCUGUGUGCAGGGUUAAGUGCAGCCAAGCUGUUGAAAUCUCAAGGACUGAACCCUGUGGUGCUGGAGGCCAGGAAUCGAGUCGGGGGUCGAACCUUCACUGUGCAGAAUAAGGAGACAAAGUGGGUGGAUCUGGGCGGGGCUUACAUUGGACCGACUCAGAACCGCAUCCUCCGAUUGGCCAGAGAAUACAACGUGAAGACCUACAAAGUCAACGAGCAGGAGAAGCUGGUGCAUUAUGUCAAAGGAAAGUCGUACCCGUUCAAAGGCUCCUUCCCCCCCAUGUGGAACCCCAUCGUCCUGCUGGACUUCAACAACCUGUUCAGGACGAUGGACGAGAUGGGCAAAGAGAUUCCCAGGGAGGCUCCGUGGAGAGCUCCUCACGCUGAGGAGUGGGACAAGAUGUCCAUGCAGCAGCUCUUUGAAAAAAUCUGCUGGACCAGCACUGUUCUCCGCUUCGCCACACUGUUCGUCAACGUGAACGUGACGUCUGAACCUCACGAGGUGUCGGCGCUGUGGUUCCUCUGGUACGUGAAACAGUGCGGAGGAACCAUGAGGAUCUUCUCCACCUCUAACGGAGGACAGGAGAGGAAGUUCGUGGGCGGCUCCAGUCAGAUCAGCGAGUUCAUGGCGAAGGAGCUGGGAGACCGCGUGAAGCUGCAGUCUCCGGUUUACAGGAUCGACCAGAGCGGAGACCUGGUGGUGGUGGAGACGCUGGACAAACAAACCUACACGGCCAAGUACGUGAUCGUGGCGACUCCUCCCGGCCUGAAUCUGAAGAUGCACUUUAACCCCGAGCUGCCGCCGCUCAGGAACCAGCUGAUCCACCGCGUCCCCAUGGGCUCCGUCAUCAAGUGCAUGGUUUACUACAAGGAGAACUUCUGGAGGAAGAAAGGUUACUGUGGCAGCAUGGUGAUCGAGGAGGAGGGCGCUCCUAUUGGCCUGACGCUGGACGACACAAAGCCUGAUGGGAGUGUACCUGCGAUCAUGGGAUUCAUCCUGGCCCGUAAGUGCAGGAAACUAUCAGGACUGACCAAAGAGGAGAGGCUGAAGAGGAUCUGUGAGAUCUACUCCAGGGUGCUGGGCUCAGAGGAGGCUCUGCAUCCGGUUCACUACGAGGAGAAGAACUGGUGUGAGGAGGAAUAUUCUGGAGGCUGCUACACGGCUUAUUUCCCCCCAGGAAUCCUCACCCAGUACGGCAAGGUGCUGAGGGAGCCGGUGGGCAGGUUGUACUUUGCUGGGACGGAGACGGCCACAGAGUGGAGCGGCUACAUGGAGGGGGCGGUGCAGGCCGGAGAGAGGGCGGCCAGAGAGGUCCUGUGUGUUAUGGGUAAAAUCCAGCAGAGUCAGAUCUGGCAGCCGGAGCCUCAGUGUGUGGAAGUUCCUGCUCUGCCCAUCGUCACCACCUUCUGGGAGAGGAAUCUGCCGUCGGUCGGCGGCCUCCUCAAGAUCACAGGAGUCUCCGCCUUCCUGACAGUUGCCACGGCAGCGGGCCUCGUGGCCUACAAGAAGGGCCUCCUCCCCCGGAGCUAAAGCGCUCACGCUCCUCUGCGUCUAUGUUCAGAGUGGAGACCUACGUAGGGUAGAGGAUGUUAUUUCAGAAACGCCCGGUCGGAAGAGAGACUGUUUGAGCUUGUGCACCGUCGAGCACAAACGAGAGAGAGAGAGAGAAACAGAUUAAAGAUUAAACGUAAAGAGAGAAGAAGAGAAGAUUGAAAUAAUGAAACUAAUGAAGAAAAAAGAUCUGAAUCAAAUGACAAAUAUAUAUAUGAUUAAUAUUCCACACAUUGCCAAUGAUAUUCCCAUGGAUCACAUCACGUGUGUGUGUGUGUGUGUGUGUGUGUGUGUGUGUGUGUGUGUGUGUGUGUGUGUGUGUGUGUGUGUGUGUGUGUGUGUGUGUGUGUGUGUGUGUGUUUACCUCUGAUGAUUUUCGGUGCUGAUUCUUCUGGACGAGCAGCUGAAGUUGUUUAAUUGGAUCCAGUCGCGUCACAUUUAAACAUUUGUUUCCCAAAAUUAAAAACCACAGAGGAGAUUAAAGAUGGUGACAUUUUUAUUAUUUGUGUUAUUUUAUUGUUUUUAUUGUCAACUCGUCCCAUGAACAGACAGAACCAGUGACUCCAUGUUUAACUCCAGUCUCGUCCUCUCUGCAGAGGUUCAGUGUUUUCAGACGACUGUUAAAACCGUUUUUCUGUGUUGAUGUUUAUUUGACAUCACGUCCUCCUCCUCGUCGUGCUGCUGUAAAACCUCCAUAACGUCCCCCGACUUCGUCCCCCGACUUCGUCCCCCGACUUCGUCCCCCGACUUUGUCCCCCGACUUCGUCCCCCGACUUCGUCCCCCGACUUCGUCCCCCGACUUCGUCCCCCGACUUUGUCCCCCGACUUCGUCCCCCGACUUCGUCCCCCUUCAAAGUGCGUCAGACUGAAGCCUUUGUGGAAUUUGUGCAGAUUUGUGACGUGUGAACCAAAGUGACCCGUGCAGUUGUUUUUAUUUUAAUGUUGGAGCUCCAUGAAAUCCACUUCCUGGUUUUCUUUAAAUCCUCAUUGGACGAAGCGGGGCCCCCCCAACACUUCUACUCAGCGUCGAGUCAGUUUUAUUUAUAAAACCAGGAAUCUGCCUCAGAGGCCUUCACAGUUUGGUUCAACCGUCGCUGUAGUUUGUUUUAAAUGAAUCCCAUGAAAUGGUUCCUGACGACGGCAGCAUCAAACAUCAGUUUCCAGCUGUUUAAAGAAAUAUUCUGACAUCGUAUUAGUUGCUGACGUGUUUCUAAAGAGACACUUGAGACAUUAUCAGUUUUUAUGGGAUUAGUUGACUUUCAACAUAUUUAAAAAAGUUUAAGAAUAUUUCCAACUUUAUUCUUCAGGUUAAAUCUGUAUUUAUCGCCGUGAGCUGCUGUUUGUGGUCGUCUGUGCUAAAUGUCGUGAAAAGUAAAAACAUUCGAAUGUAUUUCCUUCAAACGAGAAACACGAAUAUGAUCAUGUGACUGGAGAUGUUUUCUCUUCCACAAACUGAGUCCAACAACUAGACUUUGACAAAGUAAAAGAAAAAUCCACCCGUGAAUCCGUCAGGGUUGAAUUUUAAUUUUCAAUUUUAAACGAACUUCGGAGAAGAUGGACGAACAAACGUUGAAACUAUUACAACAUGAAAAACUGCAUUUUAUCCACAUUGUUAGAAAUUUCAACUGCGUCUCACGUUGACUCACAAUCAGCUGAUCUGAAACCAAGAAAGAUAAAAGAUAGAAUCACAAAGAAACGUCGUUUUAAAGGCGACUGUCGUUCUGUGUUCGAGAGAAUCCACUGCUCCAAAGAUGUGUGUGUGUGUGUGUGUGUGUGUGUAAUCUGUUGUGCCUUAAUAGAAGUCGUGGUGU